GGUGAACGGUUGUGUGACGGUCCGCUGACACUCGCAGGUGUGUGUGUGUGUGUGUGCGUGUGGCUUGGAAGGCCUAAGGACACAUGUGGUUCAGGUUCACUUACGGUGUGUGCUGAAUGAACAUUUGUUGUCAAUGAUACUGGGAUUACAAUCGCUGAGACAGAGAUGGAGAGCGUGCUGGGCCGCGUCGUGGUGUGAUGUGGCGGGCGUGGUGGGCGGCGCUCUGGCCAUCAUGCUGGUGCGGGCGGAGGCGCACGCGCGUCACCACAGCUCGGCCUCCAAGGUGGUCCUCGAGCCAACGUCGGACCUUUCCGCCAACCUCACUCGUGAUAUCAGUCAGUAUGUCGAGGAGACUCCAGAGCAGCCGGAACCACAGCUGAUACUGAAGAGGGAGACCCACGAAGGAGGAAUUCAGGACCGCGAAGGGAAGCCCGUUCCUGAGAGCGACAUAAUUGACGGCAUCCUGUCCGUCCUGCGGAGGAAGCUGCUCUCGUACCCCUUGGACGCCGGCGAGGGCAAGGAGGGGGAGGAGGAGGCCAGCAGGCACCGCGUCAGGCACUUCGGCAGGAAGCCUCACCAUCGGAGGUACGACGAGACGCAGCCGCUGUCUCGCGAGGCAGACCUUCUUCCCCAGGAGGAGGACGCCCAGCCCGGUGCCGGCCGCCAGAGCAACGCCACGACCCACGCCAACACCACCCACGCCAACGCCACCCACGCCAACGCCACCCACGCCUCCGCCAGCAGCUUCAGCAGCACAAACCACUCCCUGAGCAACAGCAGCGAGGCCGGCGGCGAGUCCGCGUCUCGAGCCGAGGACGACCUGCCUCGGGGCAACAAAGCCGGAGAACAAAGUACAAGACCGAGGCUGUUUGACGAGGUCCGCGACGCGGUCCUGCUGGCGCUGCCCCUCUCUCUCCUGCUCACGCUCCUGCUGGUCGUCUGCGGCGCCUGCUGCUGCUGCCGAUACCGGGCCCGGCUCUACCACGACCAGGACCCGCUGACGCGCCACGCAGAGGGCGAGGAGGAGGACGACGACAACCGGGAGUGGACGCCGCUCGGGCUGGGGCUGUGCGACGCCUGCCUGCCCGACAUCUCGUACCAGGUGCACCUCGCCAAGAAGACGCGGCCCUCGAGGAAGCGGCGCCUCGACCCGCCCCUGGGACUCGCCCUCGAGCACCCGGACGCCGCCGCGGGACAGCAGGGCCUCAAGUGCCAUCCGCCGCUCUACAAGCUCCUCUCGAACCUGCCGCCGGGCGAGAACGACCUGCAGGACGGGCGCGGGUCGGAGCCCGUGGCGCCCCUGCUGAGACGCUCGCAGUCGCUGGAGCACCUCAGCGUGUGAGCCGACGGGGGGCGGAAGGGAGGAACUAGUCACUCGUCUCUCUCUCUU